AUGGUACACUGUGAUUUUGCAUUUUCAUCUCUCCCCUUUCUUGAAUAUGUUGAUCUUAGCCUGAGCCAGCUCUCUGGCACCAUUCCACCUGAAAUUGGCAAAAUCCCACCACAAAUCAGCUCACUUACCAAACUUGAGACUCUCAACAUCUUUGACAACCAUUUAAAUGGUUCCAUUCCCACAGAAAUAGGAAAACUUGUCAAUCUUGUUGAAGCUUAUCUUGAAAACAACCAAUUAACGGGUCAUAUUCCUCCAGAAAUAGGUAGCUUGGUCACUGCAAAAUUGUUUUAUGCUUUCUCCAACAAAUUGUCUAGUUCCAUUCCUGCCGAAGUAGGCAAGAUGAAGUCCUUUGAAAAUUUAAGCUUACAAACAAAUAAUCUUUCUGGUUCAAUUCUUGUUACUCUAGGUGACUUAAUUGAGCUCAAAGUUUUGUAUCUUUAUUCUAACCAACUUUAUGGUCCAAUUCCUAGUGAGUUGGGAAAUUUGAAAAACCUCACUGAGUUGUCAUUACACAAUAAUCAACUUAAUGGUUCAAUUUCAAUUGCUCUAGGUGACUUAAAUGAGCUCAAAAUUUUGUAUCUUUAUUCUAACCAACUUUCUGGUCCCCUUCCUAGUGAGUUGGGGAAUCUGAAAAACCUCACUGAACUGGAUUUAUCAGACAAUCAACUUACUGGUUCAAUUCCAAUUACUCUAGCUGACUUAAUUGAGCUCAAAAUUAUGUACCUUUAUUCUAACCAACUUUCUGGUCCCAUCCCUAGUGAGUUGGGGAAUCUGAAAAACCUAAAUGAACUGGAUUUAUCAGAUAAUCAACCUAUUGAUUCAAUUCCAGUUACUCUAGGUGACUUAACUGAGCUCAAAAUUUUGUAUCUUUAUUCUAACCAACUUUCUGGUCACAUUCCUAGUGAGUUAGGGAAUCUGAAAAACCUCACCAAGCUGGAUUUAUCAUAUAAUCAACUUACUAGUUCAAUUCCAAUUACUCUUGGUGACUUAAUUGAGCUCUAA